AUGAGCAGUACCUCCGAAUUUGUUGAAUGCGGUGAGAAGAUGUUGGUUUUCGGAGCACGCCGCUCACGUGUGAUCAUCUUGGACUGUUGGGUAUCAUUAAUCGUAUGCAUAUCGAACAUGAACAGAGAUGAUGACGACUUUGACUUGUACGCAGACUUAGAUAAAGGGUCGAUAUCUACUCCAUUAAAAGUAGAUAUUAUUGAAGAAGAAGACUCAACACAAGUGGUUUCAAACAACAACAACAACAACAAGUAUUCAUCAUGUGAUACCAGUAGUAGUAGUCAAGAAGAUGUAAAGAAACUUGAACAACUGAUCACAGAAUUAACAAGCAAGAAUGAACAGUUGAAUAAUACGAUAUCCUCUCUGACUAAAGAUAAAGAGAAUUUUAAAAAGGUUAAUGAAAUAUUGAUGAAGAAUAUAUCUUGUCUAUUUAAAACUGCAAUGGUUGAAAGUCAAAGAAAAGAUAAAGAAAUUGAAACUCUAAGAAAUCAAAAUGAUCAAUUAAUCAAGACCAAUCAUAAUCAUAAUAAUAACAAUAAAAGAUAG